UCUAUAUCUAUAUAACUAUAACUAUAUAUAUAUCACAGUCAUGAGACCCUGCAAGAUUCAAAAUCUCAGACUCUUUUCCUCACUUUCACCACACAAAACCAAACCCCAAAACCUCCCACUUAUGACCCCACAAUCUCUACACAAAUCCAUCAUUUCUUCUCAGUGGCAUUUCAUCAAACACCUUUCAGACACUCUGAAACCCACCACAAUUUGCACCACUCUUCAAAAUCUUCACAAAUCCCCUGCCUUAGUCCUCAAACUUACUGAAUAUUUCAACCAGAAUAACACCGAUAUCGAAUGCUACUGUCUAUCUAUUGUCAUUUUAUGUAAGUCACCUUCCGUUAAGCCAUCUUUAGAUUUUGUUAAAAAUGUGAUUAGUUUAAAUAGGUUUAGUUGUAAUGAUAUGUUUGAAGGUUUAGUUAAUGCCCGUAAACGGUUAGGUGUAUCGAGUUAUGUAGUGUUUGAUAUGUGGAUUAAGGGUUUGUGUGAGUUGAAAAAAGGGGACGAGGCGUUUAAGUGGUUUUACUUGAUGAAACGAAAAGGGAUUGUGCCGAAGAUUGAGAGUUUUAAUAGUAUGUUGAGUUUGUUUGUUAGGUUGGAUUCUACGGAUAAUGCUUGGGUUUUGUUUGCAGAGAUGUUUAAAUUGGAGAUACGUUUGAGUUUGUCUACGUAUAAUAUAAUGAUUAACUUGUUGUGUAAAGAAGGGAAGUUAAAGAAAGCGAAAGACUUUGUUGGGGAUAUGGAAAGGUUAGGGUUGAGACCCAAUGCUGUUACUUAUAAUACGAUAAUUAAUGGGUAUUGUAUGAAGAGGGAUGUAGAUGGUGCUAAGAGGGUAUUUGAUGUGAUGAAAAAGAAAGGUGUUAAGCCGGAUACAUAUAGUUUUGGAUCACUUGUUAGUGGUAUGUGUAAAGAGGGACGAUUUGAGGAUGCAUUGGAACUUUUAGGUAAGAUGGAGGAGUACGGGUUAGUACCAAGUGUGGUGACUUAUAACGCUUUGAUAGAUGGGUAUUGUAAUAAAGGGAAUCUUGAAAUGGCGUUUCAUUAUAAGGAUGAGAUGGUUAAUAAGGGUAUACGUCCGUCUGUAUCUACGUAUAAUUCUAUAAUUCAUUCUUUAGUUUUUGAAGGUAACGAGUUGGCAGCUGAGGAUAUGAUGGAAGAAAUGGUAAAGGAACAAUUGGUUCCUGAUGACAUUACGUAUAACAUAUUGAUCAAUGGAUAUUGUAGGUCGGGUAAUACAAUUAAGGCUUUCAAGAUCCAUGAUGAGAUGAUAAGUAAAGGAAUUCAUCCUACACAUGUAACUUACACUUCUCUUAUAAACGUAUUGAACAAGAGAAAUAGAAUGAAAGAAGCAGAUAACUUGUUUGCCAAGAUCAUUGAAAGAGGGGUUGUUCCUGAUAUCGUGAUGUUUAAUGCAUUGAUCGAUGGCCAUUGCGCCAAUAAAAAUAUGGAACGGGCUGUCUUACUUUUAAAAGAGAUGGAUAAGCUGAAGGUUUUUCCUGAUGAAGUGACAUACAAUACUUUAAUGCAGGGACAUUGUAGGGAGGGUAGAGUUGAAGAAGCUAUUAAGCUUUUCGAUGAGAUGAAACAAAGAGGGAUUAAGCCUGAUUAUAUCAGCUUUAAUACUCUUAUUAGUGGGUAUAGUAGGAGAGGUGAUAUGGAAGAGGCCUUAAUGGUUAGGGAUGUAAUGCGAAGUUCAGGUUUCAGUCCCACGAGACUGACCUACAAUGCUCUGAUUCAAGGUUUCUGCGAUAAUGAGGAGGGGCCUCGUGCGCAAGCGCUCCUCAAAGAAAUGGUCAAUGAAGGCAUUAGUCCUGAUGACCGUACCCUUUAUCCUUUGAUUGAAGGGAUACAGAAUGUUGAAGAGUUUUUGGAAAAUGAUCUUUGAUCAUAAUUGAAUCAUAAGUACUACCCGAAAUGUAAAAGGAGGAUAGUUUUUUUCCUUCAAAGAAGCUUAGAGUAUAGAAUAAAUAUCUAUGUUUUACAUGGUAUAAAUUUGGUGAGGGUAGAGGACAUUUUGGGAUGAAGCGACUAUAUGUAUGAUUCGAGUUGUCAUUCAUGUUCCUUGCUGAAGGAUUGCUAGCUAUUUAGCUGGAGAAUGUUGAGAUAGUAGAAACACUUACCAUCUUUCUUAAGUUAAUAGUUCAUAUUCGACAAAAAAACAAUCAUCAUUUCAAUCAAUUUUUAGCUUGUUUUUAGUUAUUGCAAUUUUUGUACGAAACUUAAAAGAGAAUGUAAAGAAAGCAUGACUGCAAGAUUAUUACCUUGCAGAAGAAUUUGUUUACUAAGGUAAACUUGUAAGU